AUUGAGAGAAACGGCAGACCGAACCGGAGAUCGUUCCUGUCUCGGCUUUUCCAUGCAGGUAAUGGAUGAAAACGCCACCCGCCACCCCCUCCCACCGCCACCCCACAGCCCACCCGGUCGAGAUGUAUCAGCCCGAAUUUCGGCCGACGUCGAGUUUCCGUCGGAACCCAAUCAGGACGGGAGUAGACCCGGGACGGGAGAUUUGGCUACCGAAGAUGACGCUUCCGGUUACGUUCCGUCAGACUCGGAAGUCAUUCUCAGCGUCACUGACGAGAAUCUGCAAACCCGGCUGCUGCUCCGGACUAAAGUCAAUGAACUUCAGGCUGAAGGAAAACAUGCUAUCGAUUCUCCCGGUAGUCCUACCAUUCCCGAUCUUCCUCCUCAGGAUUACAUAUUAGACGAAUAUGAAGAGAGGUCUAUGAUCGAGCCCAUUUCUUAUGAAGAUGCAAAAUUGAAAGAACUGAUGCGGGUCCUGAUUGAUUGGAUAAACGAUGAGUUGGCUGAUCAGAGAAUUAUCGUGAAAGAUAUCGAGGAGGAUCUUUAUGAUGGUCAGAUUCUUCAAAAGGUAUUAGAAAAAUUGACGGAAGUUAAGUUAGAUGUGGUAGAAGUCACGCAGUCUGAAGAAGGUCAGAAACAGAAACUUAAAACCGUACUAGAUGCAGCUAAUAAGGUGUUGGGAUUGGCGAGAUGGAAUCAAUUGAAAUGGAGUGUCGAUUCCGUACACUCCAAAAAUGUUGUCGCCAUACUUCAUCUUCUGGUUGCUCUGGCUAGACAUUUCAGAGCACCAGUCCGUUUGCCAGAAAAUGUUGUUGUAAAUGUUGUCAUCGUUCAAAAAAGAGAUGGAAUUUUGCACACUCGUACAGUUGCUGAAGAAUUGACAUCUACUUAUGAUGAUCUAGGCAUGAGAGUAGAGAGAGAUGCCUUUGAUACAUUGUUUGAUCAUGCGCCAGACAAACUUCAGGUUGUGAAAAAGUCUUUGGUGUCUUUUGUCAAUAAGCAUCUUAAUAGGAUCAAUCUAGAAGUGACAGAUUUAGAUACCCAAUUUCACGACGGAGUGUAUCUGACCCUACUUAUGGGAUUGCUAGAGGGAUAUUUUGUACCUCUGUUUUCCUUUAAUCUGACACCGACCAGCUUCGACCAGAAAGUCCACAACGUCACUUUUGCCUUCGAACUGAUGAUGGAUGCGGGACUGGAAAAACCUAAAGCCAGACCGGAAGAUCUGGUCAAUUUGGAUCUGAAAUCGACACUGAGAGUUUUAUAUAAUUUGUUCACCAAAUAUAAGCACCUCAGCUGAAUCUUCCAAGAAUGUGAGACCACAGCGUGCCUUUACUGCCAAAUUUUAUUUUUAUUGUAUAUUUAUUUUACGGACUUAUAACAAAAUGAUUAACCAUAUUCUAUAAACUGGUAAUAAACUUUGCAAUUUUAACUACUA